UUGCCGUUCGGGUGACCGAGCACUGGAACAGAUUUCCCGGAGAGGCUGCGGAGUCUCCCUCAUCGGAGACACUCAACAACCGCAUGAACGCACUCCUAUCCCGCGUGCUCCAGGACGACCCUGUUCGAGCAGGGAGGCUGGACUAGGAGUCCCGCCGUGUCCCUUUCCAACCCAACCCGUUCCGGGAUUGCGGGAUUGUGGGAUUGUGUGGCUGUGACUACAGUUCCCGGCGCGCUGUGCGGCGCUCGGGCGCUACCGGGAGGCGGCGGCGGCGGCCGGGCCGGGGGGCGGUCGAUCGGCGGGAUGCGGCUGUCGGUGGCGGCCGCCAUCUCGCAUGGCCGCGUGUACCGGCGGCUCGGGCUCAGCCCGCGGUCGCGCCUGGACCUGCUGCGGAACCUGGUGACGGCGCUGGUGCGGCAUGAGCGCAUCGAGACGCCCUGGGCGCGGGCCGACGAGAUGCGCGGCUACACCGAGCGGCUCAUCGACUACGCCAAGCGGGGGGACAAGGACGAGCGCGCCAUGCGCAUGGCGGAUUUCUGGCUGACCGAGAAGGACCUCAUCCACAAGCUGUUCAAGGUGCUGGCGCCCCGCUUCCAGCCGCACCCCGGCAGCUACACGCGCCUGCUUCAGAUCCCCAACCGGGACGGGCUGGACCGCGCUAAGAUGGCGGUGAUCGAGCUGAAGGGGAACCCGCUCCCGCCGCUCGUCCGCCCGCGCCGCGACUCCGACAAGACGCUGCUGAACCAGCUGCUCAAGGGGUACCGGCAGGACGCGCAGCGGGCGGCCGCCUCCCGGGGAACCCCUGUCUAGGGUCCCCCUGUGCCCCCAGCGGGCUCCAGGGGAGCUGCCCGCGCACCAGGGCCGGAUGCUAUCCUGGGGCACGGGAAGGGAAGGUGUGGCAGGAGGGCUGGAGGGUGAUGGAAGUUGCCGCGGCAAGGGCUGAGUUUACUGGCUGCUUCCAGUGGUUUGAAUAGUGACUCAGCAGGAGAAGGAAAUCGAGCUAGGAGGCCUGAUGGUUUAUAUUCUCUGUGUAAAUAAACUUUGUUCAAAAAGUCA